GCCAGACCCGCGGCUAGCGCUGAGCGCAGCAGUGUACCAUCCACCGGCUGACUGCACACGCCUGCGCGGGUCGUCGUCCCAACAUGUCGGUGCAGUCCGGAAUGUUCCAGCGCCUGUUCCUGAGGCGGCACAGGACUGUGAGCGGCAUGCACGCCUACAACAUCGAGUACGUGCCCUACAGCAAGGACCGCCUGGACGACAUCGUCGAACUGAUGUUGGAUACCUUUUUCACGCACGAGCCGCUGGCGCUCAGCGUGCAGCGAGCACCGGGAUCGGGCCGCGAGGACGUGCUGGACUGGCUGCGUCCGUGCAUCGCCGGCUGGACCCAUGACGUCAUGCUGCUGGCCGUCGACGCCGACGAGGACCGGCUGGUGGGCGCCACGCUCAACAAUGUCAUCACGGCCGAGCACCCGACACGUGGAGCUGGCCGCGCCACCACGGCGUGGACGUGUUUUGCACACUUCGGAGCCACGCGCAUUCUGCACCGCUGCAUGACGGCCGUGCAUCCCGACUACCACCAUCAGGGCAUCGCUAAGGAGCUGGUCGAUACCAGUUCGUUCGACCUGGCGCGCAAGGACGGCUGCCAGGCCGUGGUGGCCGGCGUCACGCACCGCACCGCCCAGAAAAUCCUGCUCAACCAGGGCUUCGAGGUGCUGCGGGAGCUGCGCUACUGCGAGAGCAAGACGCUCGCCGCCAGCCCGUACUUCGACGAGAACAGGCUGGGCCACCACAAGUCGGCCAAGCUGAUGGGCGUCUCGCUGACGGAGACCUAG